UAUGUGGUAAUGUUUGAGCAUCAUAUUCAUAGCAAUAUGCAAAAUAAAAACACAUACACUUGCAUUGUUUAUAUAAGAAUCUCGAUCUAAUAGUAGAAAGUAAUUAAGAGAUCGAGAAACAUUAAAUCAUGGCAAGAAUUAUCGAACCUCUAAUAGUAGGGCGAGUAAUAGGUGAUGUUAUUGAUGCAUUCAACCCAUCUGUACAAAUGUGUAUCGACUAUAAUAAUAAGCAGGUUUUCAAUGGCUCUGAGCUUUUUCCUUCUUCUGUCACCUCCAAACCUCGGGUCGAAAUCAAUGGCGAAGAUAUGCGAACCUUCUUCACCUUGGUGUUGACAGACCCAGAUGUGCCUGGACCAAGUGACCCUUAUUUGAGAGAGCACCUUCACUGGAUAGUGUCGGACAUACCAGGCACAACGAACUCAACAUUUGGAUCGGAGUUGGUUAGGUACGAGAUACCAAGGCCAAACAUUGGAAUACACAGGUUUAUAUUCAUCUUAUUCAAGCAGAAACGUCGGCAAACAGUAGUGAGUCUACCUUCAUCAAGGGAUUACUUCAACACUCGGCAAUUUGCAGCAGAAAAUGAUCUUGGUCUCCCUGUUGCUACUGCCUAUUUCAAUUGCCAAAGAGAAACUGCUGCUAGAAGACGUUAAUUACCUACCUAUUCAUCUUUUAAAUUAAACUCUUAAUUAUUUUUACAGUUUACUUGCAUUUAUCUCGUAUG